AUGGACUUCACUUUCCACGAAGGCGUCAACGGCUCUUCACCCUGGGUCGAGUUCUACCCCUACAACCCAUCCCAAACAGCUGGUUACGCCUUCAUGGCCAUAUUCGGUCUAACGACCGUUGUCCACAUCAUCCUGAUGUUUCCCUACAAGGCAGCGUACUUCAUACCCCUAAUCCUCGGCGGAAUAUGCGAGACAUUCGGCUACUACGGCCGCGCCUGGUCCCACAACAACAGAACCCUGAUAAGUUCCUGGGCCCUCCAGCAAAUGCUCAUUCUCUGCGCACCACCUUUCGUCGCAGCAACGAUCUACAUGGUCCUCAGUCGAAUCAUCCGCGCCUUCGACGCAGAGCAUCUCUCCCCCAUGCGCACAAAACGCAUAACCGUUCUAUUUGUCCUAAACGACAUCAUCUGCUUCCUCACCCAGCUCGGCGGCGCCGGCGUCCAGAUCACAGGCGAUGCGCAGGUCAUGGAUAUCGGACGCAAGGUCGUCCUCGUCGGACUCGUGUUUGCACUUGUGGUAUUCCUGGUAUUUGUCUGGAUCGCGUGGGUGUUUCAUCGCAGGCUCGCUGCUGAGCCGACGACGGUGGCGGCCGCAACCCGGACUUGA